CCCCACAAAUGCAGGCUACGAGUCUCACUGCUGGCUGACACCGCCAAUAGCACCCUGCAGCUGGGCAAAGCGAUGGGGGAGGAGUGAGGCAGGAGUGGAGGAUGCGAGAGAUAGAGAGCGAGGAGGGAGGGAUCUGAUAGGAUGGGGUUUUUGAGAGUGAGACGGAGUGCGUGCGGUUGUAUCCGUGCGUGUACGUUGUGGGGGGGAUUGAUGUAGACCAAGAGAGGGACUGGGAGAAAGGCGAACCAGCGAUGUUGUUGCCAGGGAACAGUGGCAAUGAAGAAACCAUCUGUAAUGACUUAUGACGGAUAGACAGACAGGAAAUCUGAAAGACGGGGACAUUCACAGGAGAAAACAUAUGAAUACACAAGGAGACAGAAAAAAAUUAUUUGGAUUGAAUUGCUCCUAAAUUAAGAAUUUUACGAUUUUGAGGAAAGGAUGAACAGGAGGAGCUGAGGAGAACACAGAAAAUGGGGUUUUUAAAAAGUAUUAAUCCAUCUACCCAUGCAGAUGGAUGGACUUAUUAGCAGGGAUAAGAGCUGACAUGUUGAUGAUCACGACAUCUGAGUUAAAAGAGUAGAAAGGCAGAGUCCAGACAGAAAUGGUUAUUCAAUGACAAAUAUAGAAACAGAUACGGUUAUGAUAUCAUAGACCACAGGGACCUAAGUGGAAUACUGAAAAAUCCCCACAACGCUGCUCCCACUGCAGAGAACAGCUUUCUCUAGCACUCCCACCCAAACAACAAGGGGGUACGCCUCUACCUCAUCCUGCCCAGGAGGACAGCAAGCUGUCCUGUCUGGUCUCUUCACACACCUGCUGCUGUCACUGGCAAUCCCCCCCUAGAAACCAGGACUGGGGCCAAUAACUUCACACAAGACAAAAAGGAGAGAAAAAAACACACCAGGCAUGCAUUGCCGUUCAAUUGAAACAAUAACAUUUUCUUCUCUUGAGCCGAAGCGUCGCUGAUUCACGGGGAAGACGGGAAGGCAGGAGUUAAAGAAGGACCGACGGACAGAGGAGAACGGACAAAUCUGUCCCGUAAAUCAUCCCCAGCCCCGGCUUUCCUCUCUGGAGGAUGGGCACAACUGAGGCUACCUUACGAAUGGAGAACAUGGAAGUGAAGGAUGAGUGGCAGGAUGAGGACUUCCCCAGGCCACUUCCAGAAGACGGUGACAUGGAGACCUCCUGCGGACUCACAGAUGAUAGGACGUCUCCACCCACUUCCCUCAAUGUGGGUUUGGGAGGAGGGGGCUCAGGCCAUCGGAAGCGACGCACCUUAGUGGCCCCUGAGAUGAACCUGUCUCUGGACCACAGCGAGGGCUCUCUGCUGUCCGACGACUUCCUUGACACACCAGACGACCUCGACAUCAACGUGGACGACAUCGAGACACCGGAUGAGACAGACUCUCUUGAGUUCAUCACCAAUGGCAACGAGCUGGAGUGGGAAGAUGACACGCCGGUGGCCUCUGCCAAGGCCCCCCCGGGUGACCGGGCAGGGCAGGCAGGGGAGGACGGGGACGGCGCGGGCGCAAACGGGCGGCUGUGGAGGACGGUCAUCAUCGGGGAGCAAGAGCAUCGCAUCGACAUGCAGGUCAUCAGGCCGUACCUACGCGUCAUCACGCACGGGGGUUAUUAUGGGGAGGGGCUGAACGCCAUCAUUGUGUUUGCAGCCUGCUACCUUCCCGACAGCAGCUGCGCAGACUACCACUACAUCAUGGAGAAUCUCUUUCUGUACGUGGUCAGCAGCUUAGAGAUGCUGGUGGCUGAGGACUACAUGAUCAUUUACAUGAAUGGAGCUACGCCACGCAGGAAGAUGCCCGGCCUAAGCUGGCUGAAGAAGUGCUACCAGAUGAUUGACAGGAGGCUGAGGAAGAACCUGAAAUCUCUGAUUAUCACUCACCCCUCCUGGUUCAUCCGCACUGUACUGGCCAUCUCAAGGCCCUUCAUCAGCGUGAAAUUUAUGGACAAAAUCCGCUACGUACACAGCCUGGAGGAGCUGGAACAGAUCAUCCCAAUGGAGCAUGUUCAGAUCCCCGAGUGUGUGCUGCAAUAUGAGGAAGAAAGAAAUAAGGCUCGAAAAGAAAGGAUGGAACAGGAACAGCAGCAGUAUCUGCCACAGCCGCACUCACAGCCUCCAGCCAAAACAGAAAGGCCAGCAUCUAUGGUGGAAGAGCAGGGACUGUAAGGUGAAUUAGAAGCUCUGUGCCUCCCAUUAGGAAGAAGUUUGGAGUGAGAAAAAAAAGCAUUUACACAUUCAGCAAGUGGAAAUCAAACAACUGUACAAAGGAAAUAUGUGACUUUAGAAACAGUGCUUUUCCUUAUGAGAGAGUCACCCCCACACACUCCAUGCUCAGCUUAGAUUGCCCGCCUAAGUCCUCCACUCCAGGUCUAAUAUUACUCUGGAAAUUCCAACAUGAAGCAUUCCAAUGAAGGCAUGCUUCCCCAUCCUUGGAUAGGAUCUGUGCUCUUGUGGGCUCCCCCAACCCCUAAAAUGUAGGCCCGUCUGUUUCAAUGGGUCAUGGAAUACAUUACUAAGGACUCACAUGUGAAGUACACUUUCAGUGAUAAAAUUGAUUGCACAGAAUCUGCCAGUGAAAGUUGAUGCUGAUGAAAAAAUAUUGUGCUGAAGCAAAAAUGUGCAAACUUGGACUGUUCAAUUUUUUUUUAAAUGUGCACCUCACAAAUCUGUGAACGUCGAGCAAGUGUGCCACCAGUGAACUGGGUCCCAUGAGACGAUAUCACAUUGUACCUCACCACCACAGAAAAUCCUAUGUUGUACUAUUUUUGAGAGCCCCUGUCAGUCAGGGCCCUUGGAAUCAUGCUAAAAUCCUCCCCACCCCACCACCCCCCCCCCCCCCCACCCACCCCCCACCCCCCCACCCACCCCCACCAAAGGAACCACUGUCCUUGUGCACCAUGAAACCCAGCCUGUUUUCAACUGGUGUGUAGUGCUAGCUGUCUUUUCCCGUUUCCCUGCCAUGAAUGUCUAAGCACUUAUAAUUCAUCCAGUUGUAACUGUGGCAGCAUCACCCUGUUUGUAAAUAUUAAUUCUGCCAUGUUUCUGAUCAACCUGCCCUGCUAUAUGACAAAUAGCCAAACACCUUUUGGUUGCUGAUGUUUCGAUUUGCCCAGGAAUCUGCACUCUAAAACGGUGGCAUCUGUGUACAGUAAUUUAACCGCUUGUGCUUGUUCCCCAUAAUGCUGUCCGGUGUCAUUUCUCUGUUUAAAAGUGUACAUCGUUGUCUGUGCUCUUUUGAAAAUGACUGUUUUGGAGUCAAGGCAUCAGAGUACAUCUGCUAAGCAUUUGACUACAGUUUAAUAGAAUAGCCUCUUAUCUGUAUGGUGAUUUCUGUAAAGGUUUGAUUGUAUUUAAGUGCUGCCGGCACUCAAACUUUCUUACAUCUAUUGAUAAGCUGUGUUGAUAAGUGGUGCAGAUUGGUUCCCAUGAUGGGAAAGGUCACAUCUCCUGGUCAUGAAAGCAGCAUGUUUUUAUCAUUAAUUUGCCUAUUGAUUUGUUUAUUGUUGUCUUCUACUGUAAAGAUUUCUUGCUUCUGACCAGCAGUAGAGACCAAUAGAGUUUUAUUUUUCUUAUCAAUUAUAUGUAUAUACAGUACAGUAGCUAUGUUGAUUUGCACUUUGAAAUUAAUUGUUCAAAUAACUUAUUGAAUGGUAAGAAUAUAGUAUAAUUGUUAGUGAUUUUUUUAACAGUUUUAUUUUUCAUCACAACCAAUUCCAGUGACAAUUGUGCUGUCAAAUCUCUGGUAUACCUCUCUGUCCUGUAUCAUUUUUAUCAUGUGUAACAUUGUCAAAUAUUAAAUCUAGAAGCCUUCUGGCAAACAUGACAUGUUUUAAUCAGCAAUAUUUUUGGAUAUGCCAUUGAUAGUACACUAGACUGCUUUGUUGGAAUGAACUUACUUUCUGGUGUUAUCUGAUUUAAAAAAGGUAUGUGGAUAAAAGCACAUUAUUAGGGAAGGACUACUUUCACUAUCCGUCACACAGCUGUGGCUUAUAAAUCGUUUACUUUAUGAGGAAAGCACAAAGGCCCAGAGAUGCAUGCAGUUUUUCUGUACCAUGCGAUGCUACUUGGUUCUGUCCUAGUCUUAUAUUAUUUAUCAUUUCUUGUUUAUGAUUUUCCUUUGUAAGAAAGAGUUAAACCCAAGAAACACUCAAUGGGUAAAAUUUGUCCAACUGCAUAAAUAAUGAUACACAUUGGCUAACUUACUGUAAAAUAUCUGUGCUUAGCAUUAAAUAUAAAGCUGACAUAA